AUGCUGCCAUCGCUAGGCGCACGCACCCCAUCAAAACCGCUCACGAAACCCGUCCAAAUAUCCUACGCUCCCAGCAAGUCCGGCUCGGGCGGCGGCUCUCUCACCUUUAACCUGCCCCCACACCUCAUCACCGCCCUCAAGCAGCAGGCUCCCCCUUCGACAAAAUCGGCAAAGUCAAAGGCCGCCUCCGCAUCCGCUGCCGCAAAAGCCGCAAGGGCAGCCCGCGAGGAUACAUCCCUCGACGAUACCAUCGCCAAUGACGACGUCGUCCUUCCCCGACGCCAACCUGCCGCCGCCAACCGCAAGCACGUCUCCGAGGUCUUUGCCUGGGCCACCGCCUACCAGUACGACUUCAACGCCCUCAUCCGCUCCGGUCGCCUCCCUCCAGGCUGGAAGUGGGUAGAGCGCGACGAAGUCAUCUACGUGCCUUCCUGGCCCCACCACCAGCAGCCAGACAGCUCCUCGGCACCCCAGACCGCUCAACCGUCGGCGUCGACCUCAUCCGCACCCACGGGCGAGGUCUUUAUCUUCCGCUCCGGCUCCUACAUCACCUGGAACCUCUCGCUCUCGCAAUCCCAGCGCUUCCUGCGCCAGGUCAUCCAGGGCCGCGACCUCCAGCACGUCGUCGAGCUCGGCCGGUAUACGGAGAUGGGAGACGAGACCAUGGAGUGCCUCGUCGACCCCUCCGAGACGACGCGCAUCCGCGACGGCCUGAUCGUCCUCGGCAAAUCGCCCGUAGAAGCCGACCAGGAUGCGCAGUCGUCGGUGUCGGAUGCCGAGCCGUCGUCGUCGUCGUCGUCGUCGUCGUCGCCUUCGUCGACCGCACCGCCACCAACGACCUCGAUUGACGAAGAGUGGACGCCGCUGCGGGCCAAGCUCGCCUUUUCCCAGGGCCUGGCGACGUCGGCGCGGCUGUCGGUGCAGGAGCAGACGCUGUCGCACUUUCUCGCCUCGGUCUCGGCCAUCCCGCACCAGCUCGAGACGACGGGCCGCGUACCGCUGACGCGGGCCCAGGUGAUCCGGCAGAUGGGCACGCUGCUGCGCCUGCGCCAAAAGGCCAACCUGGACCGCGACAACUUCUACGACGAGCCCGAGCUCUACUGGGACAAUGCGCCCAUGGAGGACCACUUCCGCGGCAUCUGCGCCGAGCUCGACAUCUCGUCGCGCUUCGAGACCUUCAACGACAAGCUCGACCACUGCGAGAACCUGCUCGGCGUCGUGCGCGCCCUCCUCACCGAGAGCACCACGCACCGCAUGGAGGUCAUCAUCAUUGCCCUCAUCGCCUUCGAGGCCGGCAUCGCGCUACUCAGCCACGGCUGGAUCCCAGAGUGGGUCGUGGAUGCCUGGAGGGGCGUCGAGGAGCUGCUGGGUUGGAGCGACGCAGACGCCGCCGCCGCCGCCAUGGCCAUCGAGCAGAGGGGCAACGAGGAAAAGGUCAAUCUCGCCGCCGCUUCCUAG